AUGAAUCUAAUCUCGCUAACUGUAUUAGCUCUCUUGUUUAGCUCUACUAUUGGAGUAAAAUCUCACUUUAAAAUCAAAAAUCCUUUCAAAGUAAACAAAUAAUAAUCUAAGUUUAGCUGCACAUCAGCUAUUGAGAGAUGGAAAUCAGGCCCUGGAGAUUAUAAGAGCAUUUUCAAAACUUAACCAGCUAACUGGAUCGAUUAAUAAUUCCAGCCAAACGAAGAUGCUAUUGCCUGGCCUUAACCCUUGACUGCCAAUGAGUUAACAGGUUAUAAGUCAGCAUCAUGGGAAAGACUAGGUUAAUUAAAUCCUAAGAGUACACUUUUCGGUACUUCUGGGUAUAUCAAUGACAUCGUUCAAGGUAACAUAGGAGACUGUUACAUGCUAUCUGGUUCUGCUGCUGUUGCAGAAGAUAAUGAAAGGUUCAAAUAAAAUUUUGUCUCACUCGAAAAAAACAACGCUGGAAUCUAUGGAUUUAAUGUUUGGGUUAGAGGAAUUCCUUUUGUUCAAAUCAUUGAUGACAGUGUUCCCUACGAUAAAAAGCAAAAAGAAUACAUAAUGGCUGGAGUCGGAGAAGAUGGUGCUCUUUGGGGGCCACUUCUAGAAAAAUCAUGGGCUAAGACUGUUGGAAACUAUGAGAUUGCAGGUCUCGGUGGAUCUUAAUCAGAGGUUGUAAACUAUCUUACAAAUGCUCCCUCAGAGAUAUUUGAUACAAAAGAUCUUAACGCUGCUUCAAUGUUUGAGAUCUUAAACUCAGCUGAUGACAAAAACUUCAUAAUGACGAUCGGAACCCCUGGUGGGAGUGAUAAAGAUAUAUGCCUAUAUAACCUGCCUUGUGGUCACGCAUACACUUUGAUUGAUUCAACAAUAGUCAAGAGUGCUGAUGGCAAGUAGUAAUACAAGCUAGUACAAGUAAGAAAUCCCUGGAGAGCAGAUUAAGAUUUCAAUGGUAAAUGGAACGAUAAUGCAAAAAUUUGGAGCACUCCGGGUUAAACAUUUGCCAAAUAAGUUAAUCUUGAAAAGAAAGAUGAUGGGCUUAUGUGGAUGGAAGAUUUUGAAGUUCUUAAAGCAUUUGACUAAUUUGAAAUCGGAUAUUAUAGACCUGGCUGGAAACACUCUUGGUACGAAAAACUUAAUGAUGAUGGAGAAACUUCUCAAUACUUCAUUACAUUAGAUGCACCAACCUUAUUGGAUAUCAAAGUAGAGUUUUAUAAUCCAAAGAUGUACGGAUAUGACUGUAGAGGAGAAGAAAUAUCUGGAGGUUAAUUAUAACUAAUCCAAGUAGGAAGUAACAAGGUUCUACAAUCAAAGGAGAUUACAGAUUCAGAUAGAAAUGGCUAUAUCAAUCAGAGCUCAUCACCAGUGGCAGCCGGCAAGUACAGGAUUGAAAUUCAAGUUUAAUGGACUGACAAAGAUGUUAAAGAUUAUACUCUCUCAAUUUACUCUGCUAAAAAGAUAACCAUUACCGAUAGUAAGGGUUAGUCAAAUGAAAUUGGAGCGCAUGACUACUCUCUAAGAUAAUGA